AAUGGGCUUGAAUGGGCGUCAUAAGCUACUAAACGACAGUAGAUUGUGUUGUGGCCAUCGACGAUAGUCGUCGUUGUCGUCUUCCUUCUGGGUUCCUCUGUGCUCUCAAGAUCCUUUACUCAAACCCCGUUUUCUCGUUGGUGUCGUCUCUGUAGAACUGAUGGAGCCUCCGGAAGAUGGGAAAUCUAAUUUCGCCAAAGAGCUUUAUGGUGAAAGUUUGAAGCUUUCGACACAUGGUGGUAAUGUUGAUCACAGUCUUGAGGAUUCAGAUGAUCCCUUUUACGGAAGUUCAGAUGAAGAAUAUAGUGAAGCUCGCGUGUUGGACCAUGAUAAUAAGUUGAGACGUGAGAAAUUCCACACGGCUGGAUACCGUGAAGGGAUUGCUGCUGGGCAAGAAGCUAUUGCGCAGGAAGGUUAUAACUUUGGCUAUAAGGAAUCGGUUCUUGAUGGCUACAAGUUUGGAAUUGUUAGAGGUGUUUCCAGUGCACUGGCUUUCCUACCUGAUGAGCUAAGAGAAAAAGUGAUCGAUGAACAAGAAACUAGAGAGAAGUUUCAAAAAUUACACAGUUCUGUUCAUGGUAUCUCAACGGAAGCCGCAAUGAAGCUGUUUUAUGGAGCUCUGACUUCAAAGGAAGGGGAAGAGAAGAGUGGAGCAGAAGGUUCUGACUCUGGUUCUGGUUCUGGUUCUGGUUCGGGUGUUAACGCCACAACUGACUUGGGAAGCUAUGUUACUGAGCUAAACUCUCUUCUUGACAAAUCUCCUAAGAUUGAAGUUAAAUUGGACACAUAAAGCAAGAUUAGUAGUAUCUUGUCUCCAAACCAAACUGUUUGUAAGUUCUGUUCUGUUUGGUUCGUUGUCAUUCGAUUUGGUUUGGUCUAGUAAAAAUUGCUUGCCGUAAUAUGAAUUAUCUGUAAAUUCGAAUCUGACUACAGUAGUUUAUUCAUUUACAUUUUGCUUAUAAAGUUCUUUUGGGGGACUAUUACCGUUUUA